AUGGACGAACCACUCGCACAACCUCCGCCCCUCGACUCGCCGGACAUUAUGAACGAUCCGGCCUUCGCUCCUCCGCAACGCCAUGACACAACAUCCUCCAAACAUGGCAGUGAAUCCGGAGGAGAGACAUGUCGAAUAUGUCGCAGCGAAGGCACCAACGAAGAACCGCUGUUCCACCCAUGCAAAUGCAGCGGAAGUAUCAAGUUCGUUCACCAGGAAUGCUUGAUGGAAUGGCUGUCCCACUCUCACAAGAAGCAUUGCGAGUUGUGCAAGACACCCUUCCGCUUCACCAAGCUUUACGAUGCCAAUAUGCCUCGGAGUCUACCAUGGACAGUUUUCGCGAGAAGAGCCUGUAUACAUGCGGCAACAUUGUGUGUGAAGACGUUGAGAGCCUUGAUGGUCGGACUUGUGUGGCUGGUCUUCAUACCAUAUACCGUUCGAUGGUCGUGGAGGUGGAUGUUCUGGGUCGCCGAUGCAGGAUGGGAAAGAGAGCCCUUCCUGCGUGACAUGCAGGCGAGAGAUGUUGCGGCUCAAGCGCAGACAGAGUUCAACGAGACUGGGGUGGUUAGCCAGAUCUCCAGAACCAUACACAUGACUUGGGAUCAGAUAUGGAAAGCUCAAGCUGGAACACCGCUGGAACAGCCGACGACAGAUCUGAAGGAUAUGGUCUCAGAUGCUAUCUCUUCAGCGCCAUCGAACGGAACCGUCAACAGUACAACGCCAUGGUCACCGCAGAAUGACACCUCGAUUCUCUCCUCUUGGACCUAUCUUUCGCAGACUACUUCGAAUGAACAGGUCAACCGGUGGAUACUCGAUGUCUUUGAGGGGCAACUUAUAACCUGCGUUGUAAUCACUGGUUUCAUCCUUAUCUUUCUCAUCCGCGAAUGGGUGGUACAACAGCAGCCACUUGUCAAUCUGGACGUCGUGAAUGUGGAGCAGCGAGAGCGGGAGCGGCUUGCCCGCGAGACUGAGAGGCUCCGGGCGCAAACUCAAUUGCUGGAUGAGGGGAGAGCCAGACUUCACAUGCUCGAGGAACGGGCUCAUGAAAUCGCAAAUGACAUGGACAACUCUAGCGCUGAACACCGAGAAUAUGGAAUCUUGUCUGAAUUCGUUGGUUGGGAGCAGCUGGCCGUCGAGAUGGACAGGGCCAAUGCCCAUCUGCGUAGGGACGAGGAGGCCGGAAGGACUGAGUUUAUGGAAGCAGCGACCAAGGUAGUGAGGGAGGUGCGCUCUGCUGAGAGAUCUAGAGUCAGCGUUGCUGAUUUGUCCGAGAAGAUGUACUGGAAGCUUGCAUUCUUUACAGCGGAGGAGCGUUUCGAAUGGGAGGGAAUAUUGGUGUCAGAGUUGAAGCGAAUGGACGAGCAGGAGAGCAUCGAGCCGCUCCUCCAUCAGCAGGAAAGCUCUCAAAAGAGCGUCGAAGCACGUACAGAUGUUGCGGAAAGCUCCAGCUCUGGUCGACCUCCAAUGCCGACCCGCGAUACUUCAUUCCGGGCGACACAACCAUCGGGCGACGCACCAGCUUCUGGGGCGCCUUCAACUGCUCCUGCGCAUUCGGCAGUACCGGCUCUCGAGCAAGAUGGCCAGGCCAGCAACCCGUUUCAUCCAGAGGGUCCCGAGCCUGAUCAGCCGGAAAGCGAAAGUCUCCGUGAUCGUGUGGCAAGCGUGUUUCGCGAAGAGUUCGGCCUUGAGGAAGAGGAUAUCCAAGACCUCCACCCGACAGGUCAGGGACAGAUCGGACAUUCAGCUGGACCUGCUGUACAGCCGAUUAUCACUGCACAUCCAGCCACAGAUUCGCCGACUAUGCUGCAACGUGUCUACGACUGGUUCUGGGGUGAUAUACAUCCUGCCGACGCUCAAGAGCCUGCCCUACCACCCGUCGAAGAGCGUAUCGGAGAAGGCGGCGAUGCGCAAGAGGCACCAUUCGUGCCCAAUGAGAACGGAGCACUCGCAAUCGAUGAUGAGACCCAAAACAACGCAAACGAAGGACAGCACAAUGAUCCGGAGGUCGUUCAAGCCGCGCAAGCGGCUGGUUUAGAUGCCGAAGCUGUCGAGGAUGCCGAAGAUCUGGAGGGAAUCUUCGAGCUCAUCGGGUUCCAAGGUCCAAUCAUGGGCCUGUUCCAAACGUCCUGCUUCUGCACCGUGCUCGUCGCCGGCUCGGUGUUUGGCGCUGUCGGUUUGCCCUACAUUUGGGGCAAACUUGUCUUGUCCAUUAUUGCAUCGCCCGUGCUCUUUCUCGUCCAAUCCCCGCUUAGGCUGGCAUCACUCGUCGCAGACACCAUCAUCGAUCUGACGCUGGUCUCGCUUGGAUUGAUGACAUACGGAGCAGCUAGGUUGGUGGAUCUUAUAUUUGCGCCCAUCGAGAUCAUAUGGCCUGGGAUCGAUAAGUACGACCAUAGCCCUUGGAUCCUCAGCCGGGCCAAGUCCACAGCUGUGAACGCUGCCAACAGAAUCUUCGAUCUGUUCUUGAUCAGCGAGCCAGUCGCCGAUGUUGAUGUCGGUUGGAGUCGAGCCUACCUGAGUGCUUCAGUUCACGCACAUGCAAGUCUCACGAGCCUGAAGGACUCCGUCAAUGCUGUCGUCAACUACACGGGCCAGACCGUGACUGCGGCAGUGGACUUCAUUGCCACAGGCUCGCUCUCGGUGGCAUGGGACAGCUCGAUGAAAGCACUCUCGCAUCUUACGGAACUGCCUGCAAAGGUAAUGGCCGGGCUAGACAGUGCUGUGCGAUACAUCCGCCCGGUGAUCAGAGCAUUCAGCAGUCUAAAGACGGGCGCGCUCACUUUCGAGACUACCGAGACUGCGAUGGAUCCAUCGCUCGCCUACUGGAGCACAACCGAUCGCGGACUGGCGAUCUUGACUGGCUAUGUUGCGUUGGCGGUCAUUGCAGCCAUUUACGUCGCGCUCGAUACUCCCAUCACUAGCACGCCCUCCGGCCAACGCACCGAGAAGGUCAUUCGCGAUAGCCUCCGGCAAGCAGGUGGUGUGUUGAAGGUCAUCUUUAUCAUCAGCAUCGAAAUGCUGGCUUUCCCCCUCUACUGCGGUCUUUUGCUCGACUUUGCCUUCCUUCCUCUAUUCCAAGCAGACAACAUCGCCACGCGCUGGGCUUCUGCUGUCCGCGCACCAGCUACCUUCUGCUUCGUGCAUUGGUUUAUCGGCACCUGCUACAUGUUUCAUUUCGCACUCUUCGUCAGCAUGUGCCGGAAGAUCCUUCGCAAAGGCGUGUUAUGGUUCAUUCGCGACCCUGACGAUCCGACUUUCCACCCUGUCCGGGAUGUGCUGGAGCGCAAUGUCACCACGCAGUUGCGUAAGAUCGCUUUCAGCGCAUUAGUAUACGGCGCGUUGGUCAUCUUGUGCCUGGGUGGCGUUAUCUGGUCGAUCGGCAAGUUGUUCAACGGCAUCUUUCCGAUCCACUGGAUCUCCACGGAGCCGAUACUGGAGUUCCCUUUCGAUUUGAUGUUGUACAACUUCCUCACCCCUUUACUCUUCAAGCUUUUCAAGCCCUCCAAUGCGGUACACUCAAUGUACUCCUGGUGGCUGAGGAAGUGCGCGAGAGGUCUGAGAUUGUCGCAUUUCUUGUUCGACGACCGAAGGAAGGACGAGGAAGGAAGGCAUGUGAGGCGAUCAUGGGUGACGUUCCUUGCGUUGAAGAAAGGAGACGUCGAGAACCCUUCAGCAUCGGCCGAAUGUCAGAUCACACAGGAGGGCGAGACUCCCGAGGUCUUCUUCAAGCGGGACGGGAAGUACGUCCUGACGCCUUGCAACGAUCAGUACCGGCCGCCCAAGCCUGGCGAGGCAUUCCUGCACGCAGACGACGAGGACGUCUACAUCACCGACAAGGAGGGCAAGAAGCACGAACAUUUCGCCAAGAUCUAUGUCCCUCCAUUCUUCCGCCUGCGGGUGACCCUCUUCAUGGUGUGUCUGUGGGGUUUCUCGGCUUUCACAGGACUAUGUGCAACUCUAGUUCCGCUCGUGUUUGGACGACAGAUCUUCAACGCCCUCCUGCCCUCCAACGUCCGGAUCAAUGAUAUCUAUGCCUACUCAUUGGGUGCGUACAUCAUCUGCGGUGUUCUGUUCGCCGCACACAAAGGAAGACAAGGAACCCAAUACCUGCGCGAGAAAGCACAAAGCCUUGAUCUUCAAGCUCUGGCUACUGUAAUGACUCGCUACAGUACCCGGGCGGUCAAGUGUGCCUAUGUCUACGGCUUCCUUGGCGUUGUGCUGCCUUUAGUCUUCGCCUUGGUCAUGCAACUCUACAUCGUGCUUCCACUGCACACCUACCUUGUGGUCGAACAUACGGUUCACCUUUUGGCGGACUACGCCUUGGGUCUCCUGUACGUUCGUAUCGCCAUUCGAUUCAUCCUGAUGGCUCCGACCUCCCGCGCCGCUGAAGCCUUCCGCCGCAUCACUGCGGAUGGAUACUUGAACCCCAGCCCACGGCUUGCGACGCGGUACUUUGUUCUGCCGUGCUCGUUGCUGGCGGCGGUAGUACUCAUCGGCCCGCUCGGAAUUGCUGGGCUGGGUAUGCAGGUUGCAGGAACGCUGGGAUGGCAAGGCGGCGUCAGGGGCGCAUUGCAAACAACGAUCUAUCGAUACUCGUACCCAAUCGUCGCCGGACUGGGCGCCCUGUUCUGGGCGUUCGGUGUGGUAGGGUCGGUAGUCAAUAAGUGGAGGGCGAGCGUGAGAGAUGAGGUCUACCUGGUCGGCGAGAGGCUACACAAUUUCGGAGAAGGCAGGCCACCAGUCGGCAGCCGUAGUGUGGUGAGGAAGGACAGGUAGUGGCAAGGACACUCUUUGAUCCAUUGAUUUAGCGUUGGCGUUUGGAGUAGAAGACAUAGAAGAUACCUCUCAGCUUACAGAGCUUACGAACA